AUGAGUGAAACCAACAAUCCUGCCUCGUCCAAUGAUAAGAAACCAGUAGUGUUUGCUGUUCCAUCUUCUUCCACCCGAAGAGGAAUAAAUGCUGUGCAUGUCAACUCAGCUCGUGAAAUGGUCAGGUUACACACGCAAGGAAGAAAUCCACCAGCUGCUAGACAAGCCAACGUGCCCUCUAUUCCAAGCAGAGUAGUGGAAGCUUCUCAUGCUCCAACGAAAAAAGCUACAGACUCAAUGCCAUCCAAGUUCCCCAACAUUCAGAUUCCAUUACAUCACGAUGAAACAGAAUGUAAAAAUCCACAAUGUCAACACUGUGGACAAAUUAUUAUCCCCUCGCCUCAAUCAUCUUAUCCAAUUCAAGACAAACCUUCUAUAUCAGUAAAUGGCUGGAGUGUAUUUACCACCAAGAAACCUAUACUUAAUUCCUUGGAGUUGGACCAUUUAGCAGAGACCAAGUUUGAGUUCCCCUUACCAGAAAUGAUAUUUGGAAAUAACAAUGUUAGGAUACGUAAUGAUGUUACCGGUGGAACAAUAGAAUUUAAUGCCAUUGAUGCAUUGAGCUCGUUGGAUCCAAAUUGUCCUUUGAAAGUUAGUUGUCAUGAGGAAUGGUUGAAAUCUAGACGAUCGAAACAUGCAAGUUUAAAACAGGAACAAUCACUCAAAAAAGAUCUUUCAGAAUUCACAGAGAAUCUAGAUGGGUUGAAACCAUAUGAUUGGACGUAUUCGACAAAUUAUAAAGGUACAUUACAAAAUCUUGAUUUGAAAUCUUCGACAUUGCAUGAGAUCCCAAUUGAUAAAUUGACAAAACCUGAUCCUAUUUUAUUUUUCGAUGAAGCAAUUUUAUUUGAAGAUGAAUUAGCUGACAAUGGGAUAUCGAUAUUGAGUUAUAAAAUCAGAGUUAUGCCCACUUGUUUGUUAUUGUUGUGUCGAUUUUUCCUCCGAAUCGAUGAUGUUAUAUUCAGAGUUAGAGAUACAAGAUGUUACAUUGAUUUUGAAACUAAUACACUUACCAGAGAAUACAAGGUACAAGAGCAAGAGUAUGAUAAAGUUAUGAGUUUGGUUAAAGUGAAAAAUAACAAAGAUCCAAAGAAACUAUUUAGGGAUUCAAAUUGGGUCAGUCAGAACAUACCUGUUCUCAAUAAGGAAAUCGAAACAAUUGUUGUAAAUACCGAAACUUAG